AUGGUCCCUGAUUACGUUUUUAGCUCCGCUCGCGAAAUCGGUCGCGGGGCGACUUCCAGGGUUUACCUUGCAGAAACAAGAGGCUCCGGAGACUUGGUGGCAGUCAAAGAAGUGGGUUUGUCGAAGAAAAUUGAAAAACAGUCAAUAUUCCGAGAAAUUGAAGUGAUGCGCGGUUUCAAUCAUAAAAAUGUCUUGAAAUGUCUAAGUUUCGACGCAAGUGAGGAUAAAAUCCAGAUCAUAUUGGAAUACUGCCCACUCGGUUCUCUGGCCGAUCUUAUUUUGAGAACAAGAGAAAGCAAGUCUUCCCUUGUGGAGAAGGAAGUUUGCAACUUUGGGCGACAAAUAACAUCAGCACUCAAGUACAUUCACGACCUAAAGGUUCUCCACCGUGAUCUUAAACCUGACAAUAUCAUGAUAACAGCAGGAAGCCUACUGAAAAUUUGCGACUUUGGUGUUUGUCGAGUUUUGCAGGAGGGAGAAUCUAAAGCUAAAACAUUCGUGGGUACGAUUCAAUACUGUGCUCCAGAGCUGCUUAAAAAUUCUACUUUUGGCCCUGCUGGGGACAUUUGGGGUUUGGGAACAAUCCUUGUUGAGCUAGCAACUUUAGCUAAACCUUUUGGGGAAAGUGAAGCUUUUCUGGCUAUCUGCAACAGGAUAUCAAAAGGUUCCUUCCGACCAUUGCCCGAUACAUUUAGCACUGAAUUCAAAACCACAGUGCUGAAAAUUCUCCAAGUUGACCCGAUUGAACGUCCAACAACUGAGGAGCUUCUUGAAUGCUCACUUUUUACCGAAGACAACGAAGACGUGGAAGAAUACUACGAAGAAGAUUUCGACGAUAGCAGUUCUUUGUCUGAAAUCUCAGAUAAAUAUGAUGACUCGCGCUCUUCAACUUCUAUCGACAGCUACUGCUCAAGCUUUGAAAGUAAUUCUUUUGCUUCAUAA